GGAGGGAGCUCGCGGCAGCAGGUGAGAGCGCAGCAUCAGAGAUACGCAGAGCUGAGGAAGUAGCGGAGUAGUGAGGAGCAGAGCCAUGGGAAAGCUUCAGGAAUUUGAUAUUACUUUUACCAACAACAAGGUGGUUUACGGUCCGGGGGAGUCUAUAAGCGGGACGGUGAAGAUACGAACCACCGAGUCGCUGCAUUUCAAAGCCAUCAAGGUCAACUGUCAUGGCUCCUGUGGGGUCUCCAACACAGCAAACAGCACAGCAUAUAAUGUGGAGGAACAGUACUUAAACAGCACGCUGUCUGUUGCCGAGAAAGGUGUCCUUGGAGUGGGCGAACACAGUUUCCCGUUCCAGUUUGUUAUUCCAGCUACUGUCCCAACUUCCUUUGAGGGACCCUUUGGGAAAAUAGUUUACCGAGUGAAGGUGACUAUUGACACGCCACGCUUCUCCAAGGACUACAAAAUCCAGAAGCCCUUCUACCUACUCAACAUGCUUAACCUCAAUGAGGUUCCAGACAUUGCUUAUCACAGUUCUGCUGUGGCCACCAAGAAGUUCAACUACCUCCUGGUGAAGUCGGGGACUGUGAUGCUGAAAGUUUGCAGUGACAUGAAGGGUUACAUCCCCGGUCAGGUCAUCAAGUUAUUCACCGAGAUCCACAACAAAUCUGGCAAGGACACGGGGUGUGUACUGGCCAGUCUCGUACAGAGAGUGGCCUACAAGACUAACAAGCCUGUGGUAGACCUACGGACCAUUGCAGAGGUGGAGGGAGCGAAAGUGAAGGCAGGAAAACAUGCAGAGUGGAAGGAACAGAUCAUCGUUCCUCCACUCCCUCAGUCACAACUGACAGGCUGCAACCUUAUAGACAUCAUCUAUUUCAUUCAGGUGUCACUAAGAUAUCCUGAAGCAGCUGUCACUCUGCCUAUCUAUAUCGGAAACAUCGCUUUAAACCAGUCUCCGACGAGGUCUACACCCACCAGUCCAGCGGGUGCAGCAGGGGUGAUGCCCAGCGCUCCGCCAGCGGAGGAGGAUCGAGGCGAUGAUAUAUGUGCAGGAGGCUUUACCAGUGAGGAACUUCCCACAAAGAGUCACUCACAGCAGGAUCCCUCAGGCCAGGCAGUCACAAUGUCUCCCAGCGCCUUCAGCUACGCACCUGGUGCGGCAGCGCCGCCUAGCCACAAUCCCCCCGAUGCAUCUGCUCCGCUCUUCUGUUUGUCCACAGGAGCCACCAUACCUUUCUUCACUGAGGGAAAUGUUGCUCCAACCCCCACUUCCUGUUCACUCAUUCUCCCUCCAGAGUACAGCACUACUGACUACCCUCAUGAGCCCCCACCUAGUUAUGAGGAAAGCUGCAGUAGUGCCAACUCCAGUUUCAACAGUAGACAGUAGAGAAGAAACAGGUGGAUGAAGAAUUGUGACCACUCCCACCUACACCUGUUUGCACUCGCCUCGAAACGAAUCCAGAGACAAGGUGGAUGAAAAGAGGAUGGAUGCUUCAAACUCCCCAAGGAUUGAUUCUUUGUCCUGCAUUGAGUUUUGUUUUGUUUGUUUUUUUAAAAAGGGGAUAAUUUCUUAUAAUGAAUAUAAGAAUUUAAAUUUUUCCUCAUGUCCCAGCAGAUAAUGUCAGGUGAACAUCACUGUGCCUAAAGGAAAAAAAAGUAUUUCAGAUUGUUAUACAGCAUUUAGAAUAAUCAGUCGUUGGACACGUCUGUUGUGUUUUUAUUUCCAACAUGUUGUUGCAUCUGUGAUGCCUUGAAACUAAAAGCUUUCAGUCUGGCCUUUUUGUGGUGGGGCGGGGGGGUCCGGGGGUCCAAACAUGCGCUUGUUAGUGUGGUCCGCUGCUCUUUGUACAUGUCUCUGCUGUCCUCGUCGUCGUGCAGGCAGAGCUGCCUCCAUCAUGGAUAUAAAAAGAGGAAUACACAGUCACAGGUGAUGCCUGUGAUAACAGCUUCUUUUCACAUCAAAAUCUGUUUGUAAAUGCACAGAAUGGUUAUAAAGAUAAGUAUGUCCUUAGGGAAACCACUCGGCUGAGUAACUGAUUAAAAUAAUUCAAGGAGCAAAUUCAAAUUCAGUUCAUUCAGUAGUUUUCCUCUGGUCUGUUGUGCUGUUUGUUUGUUUUUUAUCGAAAUCAUCUUGAUGUGAGUUGCCCGAUUUCAAAUAUCCUUAUUAUGGAGCUACAUGGAAUGUUUAAAAUAAUACGUUUCAAAAGGUCAUCAGCAAUCAUGAGCCAGUUUCUCAAACAAAGUCCUAAACCUUUUAUUCUACUGUCUAUUGCCAUCAUUCUUCUGUCAACGUUUGCCAACCAUAUCCCUCUGCAGAAGUAAGCAUCCAACGACAAAUGACGAGAGGCUCACGAUGUAAUCAUUAAAAGCCUCCACAACAGCUAAGCUGCUUCUUUUCUUUUGCAGAUGUAGAUAAUAGAAAAUAAAAUUGUUCCUAAACGAAACUGCUCAUGACAAAAUCGGGGUAUUUGUUUUGUGUCACCAGGUCAUGAUGUGGCUAUUCCUUAUCUUUCAGGCUGUUAUGGGCUGUGGUUUGCACUGUUGGCAGGAAUUCCGAUGCGUUCUCGAUGGGUUUUGGCUGCCCUUCUUCACAGAUUCUGUUCAUAACUUUUAUUAAUUUAUAAAUCCAUCCAAGUGGUGGAGGGUUUCUUGUUUGGUGACCUCAGGAUCACCUCUCUGCUGUUGGUAGAUGAUGUGUCUUGAGGCAGUGAGGCACUUUGCAGGACUGAGGGCAUGGUUCUCAGCUGGAAAAGGGUGGAGUGUGCACUCUGGGUCAGGGACGGGUUUAAGUGUCCCGGGUCUUGAACCGACAAGUGAGGGAAUAGAGGAGCGGGGGAUUGACAGAGGGAUGGGUGUGGUACGGGCCGUACCAGUGUGCUUUGAAGAAGAGAGAUCUGAGCAUAAAAGUUAAGCUGUCGAUUUACCAGUUAAUCUACAUUCUCACCCUUGCCUGUGGUCAUGAGCUGUGGGUAGUAAGCCAAAGAAUGAGAUAACAGAUAUUUGAAAGGUGUCUGCGCUCUCCCAUAGCAGUAGGAUGUGGAGCUCACAUCACAAAGAGCCAGUUGAGGUAGUUCUGGAUUUUUUUAUUUAAUUUUUUUUACACAAUGUCCUACUGGGAAGAGGCCCCCAUGGCGAACCUGAACACGCUGGGGAGAUUACAUUGCUCAGCUGGUUGGGAAUGCAAUGAAGAACCCAAUGAGAGGCUGGGCGCCUCUGGGUAGACCUCUGCCUCUGUAACCUGAACCCAGAUAAGCGGCAGAAAAUGGAUGGAUGGAUAUUUUCCUUCUUUCAUGUUUUUUUUCUUCUUCUUUUUGUGUGUGUGUCUUUUAGCUCCAAAGGUGUCGUGCCAUUCAGUUCCAUUAAAUCCAAGAGUAAGCAAGACGGCUGCAGAGCUGAUAUGUCGGAAACUGGGAAUCUCACACCGAAUCAAUAGUGAUGGAUAAACAGCACUACAGACCAGAGGAAAAUUAAAUACAAAUGAGAUUUUAAGAGGAAAAGGCCUUUUAAUCAAAAACGCUUCCACAAAGCAAUGCAGUCAAACUUUGUUAUUAUUUAUUAUAUUUUUUAUUUCAUUACGUCUCCCUUUCAUUGGCUCCUUAAGAUAUUUUUCUUGCCGUACCACUUUUGUAUUCAGAGGAAGUUUGUCUCGUGAGCCUCAUUUUCCCUGUAGCUGGUUAUGAGGUCUGCAGUACCGAAAGCCGUACUCUGCCCCCUUGUGGGUGAUACCGGUACAGGCUUUAUCUCUUUUGAGCCUGCUCUUAAAACUGGAGACUAAAACGACCAGCCAUGUUAACUGACCCACCUAACUUAGUCCUUGUUUCUGUGAUUCACCAGCUGAAGUCCGCUCUAGAAAUGGAUUUCUUUCCUUU